AUGGCUGCGCUUGAUGAGAUGAAGUCUACGAAGUCUAGACGAGCGUCCGUGAGUGUAGACGCAAUGCUUGAAGCUUUGAUUAAAAGACACAGACAAGAAGAAAAAGUGGUCAAGGAGGAAGAAGAAAUGCUUAUUAAGUCGAUCAAAUUUGGUAAGCGGGCGAGGGUUGAUGAAGACAUGAGAAGCGAUGAGGAGAAGGAGAAGAAGAAGAAGCCUAUGACUAAGAGACGUGAUUGCUCUAAAUCCAACAUUCAAAUAUCUUCUCUUCCUCGCAUAACAACAUCAAAGAAGACUGCAAAGCUACCAAUGGGACUUAAAUCUUUGUGUCACAACUAUGGCACCGAUGAUGAGGAAACGUGA